CAUUGCACAGAAAACCAAAAGGGGAGGUUUUUUUUUUUCGUUUUCAGCUCGUGAGAAGCUGUUUGAUGAAGUUGUUGGAACACGGUUCGAGUAUUUUGCUGUUUUUAAAGGAAGAGGGGGUCUUGCAUUAUUUUCAUACGCUGCAAAAAGGAGAUUAAUGAAUUGUAUGGCUUCAGCGGAUAGGAUAUUUUUAGGGGAAAGAAAAAACGUGAAGCAACAUUCUGAUUCAUAAUUUUGUGCUUCUUGGUAACUUUUUUUUUUUUUUUUUUUUUUUUUUCUGAGGAUCAGCCAUAUUUUCAAGCCUUCCAGCACCAAAACCCUGUGGGAUUACCAGAAAGAAAAAAAAAAUAAGAUGUCUUUUAUUGGGUUUUAUGAAUGCUGUAAAUGUAUGAUUUGAUUAUGCUGCAAAGUUCCGUUUUACAUUCAACGCGUUGAAUCAGGAGCUAGAAACUACAAGGGCACGUGGAACGCGGCAAAAGCUCUUCCUUCCAUGAAGUGCACGGUUUCCGGGAGUUUGACAUGAGGUCCGCGGAGGAAGCUUCCGGCAACAAUAACAAUACCGUCUUACAGCGCCUCCUGCAGGAGCAGCUCCGCUAUGGCAAUCCCAGCGAGAACAGAAACUUCCUGGCUCUCCACCACCAGCAGCAGCAGCAGCAGCAGCAGCAGGGCCCGGUGAGUGGGAUCGGCUACGCGGGAGUGGGGCCCCCAGGAGAGGACCAUCAGAUGGUCCCCCACUUGGCCCGUCAGGAGCCCCAGGGCCAGGAGCUACAGGUGGACAACAACGUGAUGGAGAAGCAGUUGACCUUGCGGGGUGGCCAGGGACCCAACUGCGAUGAUCUGCCCACCUACGAGGAGGCCAAGGUGCAGUCGCAGUACUUCAGGGGCCAGCAACAGAUGCCGCCUACCGUAGGUGCUGCCUUUUAUGUGACCGGGGUGACCAACCAGAAGCUGAGGACAGAAGGGCGACCAGCUGUACAGAGGGUGAGCCCUGUGAAGGUGCACCAGGACGACGGGCUGAAGGACCUGAAGCAGGGCCAUGUCCGCUCUCUCAGCGAGAGACUCAUGCAGCUCUCUCUGGCCACCAGUGGGGUGAAAGCCCACUCGCCAGUCACCAGUGCCCCACUCUCCCCUCAAACUCAGACCUCCUCGGACCUGUACCAAAACACGCCGCUGGGAGCGGACUUCUAUAAGCAAGUGGGCCAGGGUGGGCAGCACCCCCAGCACUCUCAGCACUCUCAACACUCUCAGCACUCUCAGCACUCUCAACACUCUCAGCACUCUCAACACUCUCAACACUCUCAGCACUCUCAACACUCUCAGCAUUCUCAACAAUCUCAGCACUCUCAACACUCUCUGAAAGGGAUGGAGCACAGGGGCCCACCCCCGGAUUACCCCUUCAAGAACAUGUCUACUUUGCCCAUGGCGUCCAAGCCUCAGGAACAUGGGCAUUACUACACCGAGCACCGCGUGAGCCAGCAGGCCAGGGCUGACAUGCCAGUCAUGAGGUACCAGCCUCCACCAGAGUAUGGGGCCCCCAGGCAAAACCAGGAGGGUUCGGGGCACCAGCAGCGGCCGGGCCACCAUCACAGCCCCACGUCCUCCAUGACCUCCCUGAGCUCCCUCUCACUGGGCCAAUCCCCAACCAUGAGUGCCCUGCUUGGGCCAGCCCAUCCCCAGAGCCAGCACCCAGGGGACACCUACUCGCCAGGCCCUCGCCAGCAGCACCAGGGAGACCCCUAUGGCCUGGCCUUCCCUCCUACCCGGGGCCAGCAGUUUCAGGGGGACCCCUACCCGGGGCCCCCCAGAGCCCAGCAGCAUUUCCCCCCCAGCCACUGCUUCCAGGGCGACCCCUAUGCCAUCGUGGCCAGGGCCCAGCAGAUGGUGGAGAUUCUCUCAGACGAGAACAGAGUUCUCAAGCAGGACCUGGAUGUGUACAGUGACAAAGUGGUCAAACUGCAGAAGCUGGAGAUGGAGAUCCAGCACGUGUCAGAGGAUUAUGAGAACCUGGCCAAGUCAUCAACCAAGCGGGAGGCUCUGGAAAAAGCCAUGAGGAACAAGCUGGAGGGGGAGAUCCGGAGGCUGCACGACUUCAACAGGGACCUCCGAGAACGAAUGGAGACGGCUAACAAACAGCUGGCAGCUAAAGAAUAUGAAGGCUCUGAGGAUAACCGCAAGACCAUCUCUCAGCUCAUUGCACAGAACAAAGAAAAUCUGAGAGAAAAGGAAAAACUGGAGAUUGAGCUGAAAUCCCUCCGUUCUGCCAAUGAGGACCAGCGGAGACAUAUUGAAAUCCGGGACCAGGCUUUGAACAACGCACAGGCCAAAGUGGUCAAGCUGGAGGAGGAACUGAAGAAGAAGCAGGUGUACGUGGAGAAGGUGGAGCGGAUGCAGCAGGCCCUGGUGCAGCUGCAGGCAGCCUGUGAGAAGCGAGAGCAGCUGGAGCACAGGCUGCGGACCCGUCUGGAGAGAGAGCUCGAGGCCCUCCGCAUGCAGCAGCGCCAGGGCGGGGCUCAGAGCAGCAGUGGCGCCCCCGAGUUCAACGCCACGGUUCUGAUGGAGCACCUGCGUGAGAAGGAGGAGCGCAUCCUGGCUCUGGAGGCUGACAUGACCAAGUGGGAGCAGAAGUACCUGGAGGAGAGUGUCAUGAGGCAGUUUGCUCUGGACGCAUCCACUGGCGCCAGCACUCAGAGGGACAUCCCCAGGAUCAGCCACUCCCCCAGCAGCAGCUAUGACACAUCGGUGGAGGCACGCAUUCAGAGGGAGGAGGAGGAGAUCCUGAUGGCCAACCGCAGGUGCCUGGACAUGGAGAGCAGGAUAAAGAACCUGCACGCCCAGAUCAUUGAGAAAGACGCCAUGAUCAAGGUGCUCCAAGUACGGUCUCGAAAGGAGCCCAAUAAGACAGAUCAGUCCUCCCCCAUGAGGCCCUCCAAGUCCCUGAUGUCCAUCGCAAACCCCAGCCCUGGCUCCGGCCUGCUGUCACACUCCCUGGGCCUGAGCAGCAGCCCCAUCGCAGAGGAGAGGAAGGAGGAGCGGAGAUGGAAGGGGAGUUUGGGUGUUCUGCUGGGCACGGACUUUCGCACAGAGUCCCUGCGUACUGAAUCUAUCUCCUCUUCCCCUUCCCCGGUCCUUCCCUCCACCCCCAUGAUGUCAGCCCAUUCCAAGACUGGCAGCCGAGACAGCUGCACCCAGACAGACAAGGGCAGUGAACAGAGCAAGCCUGCCCCCAGCCUGGCACUGCCGCCGGUUCAGUCUAGACUGGCCAGCCCCAGCCCAGCCUACAUCCCAGACAGGAUAGAUGGGCCAUCGUUCCACAGCGGAACCUUGGAUAGGAGAGCCCCAGUCUCACCACUGGGACAGGACAUCGACAACGAGAUGGUGGAGAUUCUCAUUUAAACCAGGGGAUGUGUGAGGCCUAGUGACCUCAGGAAGAUGAAAAGGACUUCUCUUUUAAAAUAUAGAGAUGUACUUAAGGAGAGAGGAAAAGCCCAAGACUAGAUGAAGGAUUGUUCAAUAUAAGAACUAGCUGCUGAAGACUGGGUUGAUAUGAGGGUAUGCUUAAAUGCACUCAUUUUAAGCACCAUUUUUAUGAAAUCCUUGUAAGAAUGUAGAGCUAGUGAGUUUCUGAAUUCUCCUAUGUGGAGCCAGUAGGGAUUAUCUCUAUUGUACAGUAUUUUGUCGAUGUUCUCUGUACCAACUGGACCAGAUGUGUUUGCUAUUCCUUGGUUUCACUUAUUGCACUGCCAUACUCGCAUUUCUUUCUCAUUAAAUUUUGGAUGUAAUUAAACAUCAAGGCUAUUUUUUUUUUUUUUUUACAUUUCCCUUACUACUUUACAGUGUUUGCAAUUAUUUAGAGUGGCUGUGGGUUCUGUGGAUCCAAUAUAGAUGUCAAUGUCACAUAAUUUGAAUGGAAUGAGAAAGUCUGUUUAGUCCAGGCACAGAAUUCUCCAGAAAAGCCAGGUAAAGGUAAAUUUUGAGAGAAAUUCUAUUUGAAAUCAGUAUUGGAACAAUAAAGCCUAGAGCCACCAAGCAUGAUAGAAAUAGUAAGAGAUGUAAAAACUACAAUAAAGCGACAUCUGAAGGUACUUGCUUUUUUAAAACACUACAGUUGAUGCAAAUUGCAUUUAGCACUUGGAUAGCAACUUGUGAUUUCUCCAAUUGUAUAUAAAAUGUUUGCUGUUAAACCUGUAAAUACCUAUAUAAUGAAGGACAGGUCUCAUCUUAUUGUAUUGUAUUUGUAUGUUUUUAUUUUAUACCGUAAUGCUUGUUUCCUUUGUGUGUGUGUGUGUUGUUGUGUUUGGGGUUGCUGCUACCUAGCAGUGAAUGGACAUGAGAUUCUUGGAGGUGGGUGCUGCUCUCUGUGCUGUCAGGAAUGUGAUUGGUCAGUGCCUGCCCUGCAUUCUAGUCUCAGAGUUCCACCCAGUAAAGGAAAUGAUUUCAGCUGUCAUUUAUGUGUUUUUAGGAUGUUCAGUUCCUCCCAGUACUAUUUCAAUCCCUACAGUUGUCUCUAGCUGCCUACACCUUGUUUCCUCUCUGCACUUAAACAAACCCUAGUUAGUCUGUAUUUCUAUUAUAUAGCACUAGCAUUGUAUACAGGUAUGUAACUCUGUUUUUUCUUUGGUCAGCCUGUGUUUUUGUGUUUUGUAAUUCUCUACAGGAGAAAGUGUGCCUCUGAUCUGAACCUGUCCUGAUACCUUUGAAAAGACAGGGCUGUGUGUCUUAAGUGACCCUUACUAAACUGAUUUGCCCAAGGAAUACUGCCAGAUGCACGGGCACACACGUCAAUUCAACUGCAUUGUUAACCUUUUCAUUGCCACUGUGAAAAGAAUGCUGGUGUGCCACAAUAAAAAUGUCAAUUUCCAUUUGUCAUGGGUUUGGUCCUUGUGUUUUAAAUUGUGUUUUUGUUUUGGUGUGUGUGUGUGGCCUUUGUUCCUUAUUCAACACUGGGUUGGUUUCACAGACCCUGAUUUGAUCUAGGAUUACUGUACCUUACCUAAGUUAACAUAAGGUAGUCUGUGAAACCAGCCAUAUAUGUAUGUUUUGUUGUAAAACCACAUUUUGUAAAAUAAAGGCAGCUGACAAACAUUGAAACAGCAAAAUACUGCAAUUCAAAUUCCUUCAAGUGCUGUGCAGAACCUCAUGUAUUUCUUUUGCGUUGACGGUAUUUACACACAGUUCAUACAGAUUGUAAUUGCACUCUUCUCCUGUU